UGCAUUUAUGUCAGAGCAUUUUCACAAAGUUUUAUCUACUCGAGACUGUGACUUUCUGUAUGAGACUGACAUCUAGUGGACUUGUUUAUUAUAUGACUGACACACCUGUUUGUACACGUUUCAUAAACACAACCAGGAAAUACUUUGAGUUCAGAGAAACUGAAACUGAUUUCGGGCUGUUGUGUGUUUCGUCUUUCUUUCUGUGAGUACAUACAGUGAAAUGGCAGAAUCCAGUAUUUCAGUGGAUCAGUUCAUCUGUUCAAUCUGUCUGGAUUUACUGAAGGAUCCAGUGACCAUUCCCUGUGGACACAGUUACUGUAUGAGCUGUAUUACAAACUGCUGGGAUCAAGAUGAUCAGAAGAGAGACUACAGCUGCCCUCAAUGCAGACAGACCUUCAAUACAAGACCUGUUUUAAAUAAAAAUGUGGUGAUUGCCCAGAUGGUGGAGAUGCCGAAGAAGACAAAACUCCAGACUCCAAAGAAUCUGAAGGAUUUCUGUAGAGAAGAGAUAGAGAAGGUAUAUGAUAAAGUUACUCCUGAACCUGAGACCAGGGAGCAGUUCCUAAAAUAUUAUCAUCACUUCACUGCAGAUCCAAACACAGCAUAUAAACAUCUCUGUCUGUCUGAGGGGAACAGAGUGAUUAUUUACACAGCCACAGUCCAGCCGUAUCCUGAUCAUUCAGACAGAUUUGAUCGUUGGUUUCAGGUGUUGUGUAAUGAGAGUUUGAGUGGACGCUGUUACUGGGAUGUUGAGUGGAGGUUUCAGGUGGAUAUAUCAGUGUUAUAUAAGAGCAUCAGCAGGAAGGGAUUGGGUGAUGAGUGUCUUUUUGGAAGUAAUGAUCAGUCCUGGAGUUUGUGCUGCUCUGACUUCAGUUGUUCAUUCAAGCACAAUAACAUUGAGACUAAACUCCCUGUAGUGUUCAGAUCUUCUAGAAUAGGAGUUUAUGUGGAUCACAGUUCAGGAUCUCUGUCCUUCUACAGCGUUUCUGACGCAAUGACCCUCAUCCACAGAGUCAACACCACAUUCACUAAACCUCUCUAUCCUGGGUUUAGAGUUUGUGGAUCAGUGAAACUGUGUGAUAUAACAAUAUAAAUGAUACAGAGCGUCCACAAAUAAUUUUGUUAUAUUAGAAGUCUAAACAUAAUGAAUCAACAAUAAAAAAUAAUGUUAUACAAGCCACUAAAAUGUAUGAGUCUAAAUUAAUCUCAAUUCACUUAUUUUUAAAAACAGACAUUUCAUUUGUGAAGAACAUUAAUGACAGUACCUUUACUAUUUAUUAAAAAUAUUUCAAACGGUUGAAGAAAUCAUAAAAUACCCAAAUCC